AUGCCAGAAUAUACACAGAGAUAUACGUUGGAUCUGAUUGGUCUGGGUAGCAGGCAGUGCGGUGGGCUAGAGGGCAUAGCAGCCAGACUACAGUACACUUGCCUGGACCUUGUCUGCAAGGACAACAUCCUCCCGAGUACAGCACAGUCUAUUUUAUUUUUCGGCGUCUUGACGGGAGCGUUUGUCUUCGGGCAGCUCUCGGAUCUCAUCGGCCGUAAGACGGUGCUCCUGACCGCCGUGUUUCUGCAAGCCAUCGCCGGUUUCAUUAUCUACUUCAUCUACGUCUACCACUGGUUUGUGGUACUGUUCUUUUUCAUCGGAAUGUUCGAGCAGGGAAUGAACUUGACGGAGUUUGUCCUGAUUAUGGAGAUGUUCUCCCCGAACAAGCGAACUAUAGCCGGGUGCAUUAACAGCAUAGCUUGGGGUGUGGGUGUGACCCUAUUAGCAGGCAUCGCGUACUUCCUACGUGACUGGAGGAAAAUGCAGCUGGCCAUCUCCCUGCCUUGCCUGAUCGCGAUACCACUCUGGUUCAUUCUUUACGAGUCCGUGAGGUGGCUUUUGUCAAAAGGACGUAGCAAAGAAUCCUUCAAAAUCCUCAACAAGAUCGCCAGAGUGAAUAACAUCACCCCACCUGCGGAUGGAUUCGUACUAACCCUCGAGGAUAAGACCAUUCGCGAAUCGGCACCUAAUGACGUCACAUCUAGCUCUAUCUCAGCAGCACCUCUGGUCGUCGACAAAGGGAAAACGUACACGGUGAUCGACAUCUUUCGGAGUUGGAUAGUCUUCAAGAACUUAGUCAUUAUGAGCUUGUCGUGGUUCGUGAACAGUAUGGUGUACUACGGCGUGUCACUGUACAGUUCCAACCUCGCAGGAGACAAAUAUCUCAACUUCUUUUUGUUGAGCGUUGUGGAGAUACCAGGUUAUGUCGUCACCAUGUUCACGAUGAUGUGGUGGGGUCGUCGACCGUCGUUGGUAUUAUUUCACAUAGUCGCUGGUGUUGCUUGUAUAAUCACGGCUUGCCUACCACGUGAAACAGGUGAUGGUACUGAUUUUUUCAUCCCACUAAUUAUACCAGCAAUGUUUGGCAAGUUCUGCAUCACGAGUAGUUUUUCCGUAGCUUUCUUGUAUGGAGCGGAGAUCUUCCCCACCCCUGUCAGGAAUAUCGGUUUCGGUAUUGCGUCAAUCUGCGGUCGUGUAGGAAGCAUUCUUGCACCUUUCAUUAUCUAUCUCGAAGAAUAUUCUUCCUACCUGCCGCUCAAUAUAUUCGGAGGGUUGAGCCUCAUUGCGGGCGUUUUGGUUGUGCUGCUUCCGGAGACGAGAAAUAAACCCCUUCCGGAGACAAUGGAAGAUGCCGAGAUGCUGGGAAAGACUCGACCAAUCAAGAGUGAGCUCAGCAAAGGGGGCGUGGCCGAGGACUUGAAACCAAGAAAUGGGAUUGUCAAUAAUGCUAUGGAGGACAGCGAUUGGUUAUAAAGGAAAGAAACUUUAAAAUGCUGUUUUUAUUCCAAUGCCCAAGCUCCAAUGGAUGUUUGCGUGAAUC